AUGGCUCAACUUGAUGGUAUUUCCUCCUCGACACCGGAGGUUAAGCAGCUGGACCUUUCCGAAAAGAACAUUCAAAGCACACCCAGUGUUCAAUCUCAAGACUCCUUCAUGACACGCUCUUCGUACGACGCAGAUCUGCUAGACGCAUUCGCCGGCAUGGACGAGAAUUGCUUGCUGGGCGAGGCCGCCAUUGUCAAGGAAACCAAGAAGCCCGACACCAUUGUCGAACCGCCAGCCCUCCCGCAGCGGUCCAGCCUGCGAGCUUCAAGAAUGCUCGACACACUGAGGCUUAGCUCGAUCGAGUCGGCUACACAAUCACUGACGACACCCCACGAUGCGUACAUGUCGUCGGAAGAAGACGCCUCGUCCUCGGCAGACGAGUUCUCAGACUAUGACUACGACUCUAGCAGCGAAACCUCGGAGGGUUCGCCCAUGAGGAGGAAGAGUUACGAGGAUACAGCCCGCCUAGUCUCGGUUGUCUAUUCUGGUAAACCAUCACUGGUGAAUCUUCCCUCUCCUAGACGAUCAACAAUCUCGUCUACUCCAGAUUCGUGCUCUGAAAUCGAGAGCCCGAUUGAGACGGAAUCAAACAAGCCAGUCUCUAGCGAGAGCCACCCGCCACGGACAAGCAGCCUUGUCCCCGCCCAUCAGCCCUCAUUCCUGACCAAAGACCCCUUUGCCGAGACAAAUUACACGCUCGACAACGCGAAAGAGGUUCUACUCGACGCCGCGCCACGGACAGCAGUCAAGUCGCAGGCCGUGCUCAACCGUGUACAACGAACUUUUAGCUUGGCAAGGAAACGAAGCAGAACCUUCCUGCCAGGUGCACUCAUGUCCAAGGAGGACCUUUCAAUACCACCACUACCCAUCUCGACUAUCAACCUAGCACGUAUCGUUACCACGCCCGUGGAAGAAACAAAAGAGGAAGGAAGCCCGACUGAGUCUGUGCGCACUCCAGUACGAUACAGCGACAUUAUCCGAUCCGCAAAGAGACACGCCUCUUCUCACAGCAUAUCAACCAUCGCAUCACCAAUCACGCCUCUGACACCUGGCACGCCCAGCAGUCCAUUUGCGUCAAGGAAGGGAUUGCUCAGUGGCCUCAAGUCAGGCCACCGGAGGAGCUUAAAGCCAUGA